AUGGCUAGGUCAAAGGAAGAGAACAGCCACUCUCUGGAAAACCGCGAUGAUGAAAGGAUUAAUAUAACCAGAGGAGAGCUUCGUACAUUGAUUGAUUCAGCGGUAUCUAAAGCUAUAGAGGAACGAUUUAGGGAAUAUAGUGAGACUAAUAGUAAAGCCUCAUCUAUACCUCACUCUAAAUCUGUCCCUAAAACUCAUUCAGAGCCUCAUAACGAGCCGCCCUCUAAGAAUGAAGGACCAAAGAAGGAUGACGAUCGUCAUUCAUCAAAUGAACACAGCGUUCCAUCCAAGAAGCAAGGACCAAUAACGAAAAUGGCAAACUCAAAUGAGACAGCCGGCGAUCGUAUUAUGAAUGAUGUAACACAUGCCAAUGAAACUACAAUUGUGAGCCUUAGAAUCUCCGAAAGCGUUCUCCAAACUAUGGUAGACGCAACUGUUGGAAAGGCUGUGAAGAAAGCUAUGAAAAAGUUCAAGGAGCCCCAGGCUACUCGUUCCCAAUUUUAUAUGGGACCACAUUUCCUUACUCAUCAGGAGGACCUUGUUCAUACCUCAAAUGCCAAAGAUAAGCUAAAAAGAAAAAGGGAGGAAAAGAACUCCCAGAGCUCUAUAAAGAAGAACAAACGAAAGUCCAACCAGAAACCGGUAUGCAAGACCUGCAAGGAGUGCCACUAUGGGAAGUGCAGGUUCGAACCAAAAUCCCGAUCACAACCAAGGGUAUGUGGGAUCUGCAAAUCGGGGGAACAUACAACGUUGGACUGCGGAGACAUGGAGAAUGCAGUCUGCUUUGGCUGUAAUGAGAAGGGCCACAUCAAGACCACGUGCCCUAAAUAUGUCAAAGGAAAAGCGGCUAAAGAAGGAAAGCCUAAGAAUGAAAGCGCCUAA